UUUCUUUCUUUUUUCUUUUUUUUUUCUUUUGUUUCUUUGAGACUUUUUAUCAAACGAGUGGCACGAAUAGCAUUGCCAACUGAGAAAUCAAGAAACUUUUUUCCUCUUUACCUUCUUUGAUCUUUAACUUCUUCUGGGUAUUUUUUAUAUUGACGAUAAAUUAAGGAAAGAGAAAGAAAAGCAGAGAGGAAAAUGGAUGGAGCAGAGUUGGAGUUGGAGAGGAGAAGCAAGUUUUUGAACAGUUUGAUUCAAAAGAAGAAGGCUAUAGAGCAACAAGACCAAACUGAACGUCUCAAUGUUAAAGUCAGAGCUUCUGAUAUGCCUUUACCUCUUCAGAACAGGGCUUUUAGAUGUGCUCGAGACCAGCUUGACUCUAUGCCUGGAAAGCUUGACAGUAAACGUCUAGCCCUUGCCCUUAAAAAGGAAUUUGACUCGACAUAUGGUCCUGCUUGGCACUGCAUUGUGGGAACUAGCUUUGGCUCAUACGUCACUCAUUCACUAGGAGGUUUCUUGUAUUUUUCAAUUGACAAGGUUUACAUUCUUCUCUUCAAGACUGCUGUUGAGCCUUUAGACCAUUGAUGGUUUUCACAGAUUUGUGUUCUACACGUUUCUUGUAUUGGCAACAAAUUUACAAGUUUCCAAUUUAAAGUUACAUGUACAACAACAGACUGCAAAACUGAUAAACGUAUGUAUUGUUGGUUCUACAAUUUUUAUGUUGUAUUGCUGAGUGCUAAAAGUAUAAAUGAGUGAUAGGUUCUUCCGGUUUC